UAGGACAUCUAUGUUCUGGGGCCGUUGUCUUUCUCCUUGUCCUUAACCAUCAGUCGACCUCAGGUGUUAGCUGCCUGUUGAUCAAAGUCAGGUCUAGAAUCUUCCCUCCAACCCAAGCUGCGUGAGAGAUUUGCGGACUUGUUAUCUGCCCACGCGUGUAUCCACCAUGAAUGGACUUGCAACGACCCGUAGCGCCGCAGGAGGCUCUCAAUCCAACGAGGACGAGGAGCUGAAACCGUACGUCCUCAUGAACGAGAUUGGGAAGGGUAGUUUUGCGACAGUCUACAAAGGGUACCAUGAGGUCAAUCACCAGACUGUGGCUAUCAAGACUGUGAUACGCCAAAAGCUAUCCACGAAGCUGUUUGAGAACCUGCAGAGCGAAAUCCAGAUCCUCAAGACCAUUUCCCAUCGCCAUAUCACGAAGCUCAUUGAUAUCGUGCGGACCGAUCGUAACAUAUAUCUUAUCAUGGAGUACUGCUCCGGUGGCGAUCUGACGAACUAUAUCAAGAAGCGCGGGAGAGUAGAGAGCCUGGAGUACGUGCCUUCGCCAGGUGCUGCGCCUCAAUACUACCCUCAUCCCCGCACCGGCGGCUUGGACGAGAUCGUCGUGCGCAGCUUCCUGCGCCAACUUGCCCGAGCGCUCAAGUUCCUCCGCACACGCAAUCUCAUUCAUCGAGACAUCAAGCCUCAGAACCUUCUCCUGAAUCCCGCACCACCAGAAGAGCUCGCGCGUGGCCAUCCUCUCGGCGUCCCCAUUCUCAAAGUCGCUGACUUUGGAUUUGCACGUUCGCUUCCGAACGCUAUGAUGGCAGAGACGUUGUGCGGUUCUCCAUUAUAUAUGGCACCGGAAAUCUUGCGGUAUGAGAAGUACGACGCGAAGGCCGACUUGUGGUCCGUCGGUGCUGUUCUGUUCGAGAUGGCCGUUGGCCGAGCGCCAUUCCGUGCUCAGAAUCAUCUCGAGCUCUUGAAGAAAAUCGAGCAAUCGAAGGGCAUCCGGUUCCCUGAUGAAGACCCAAGUUCUAAGUCAUCGCGCAGCGGAGCGGGAGGGGGCGAGGACCUGCCCGUGCCCAUGGACGUGAAGAAGCUCAUCCGGAUCCUCCUCAAGCAGAAUCCAGCCGAGCGAGCGAGCUUUGAGGGGUUCUUUGGGAGCACAGCUUUGGCCAAAUCCAAGUUUCCUCGACCUUCCGAGACGUCGUUAUCGACCUCGGCGACCGAGGAUGGGGUCGUUCCAGCGCACCAUCUUAUCAUUCCGCCGGAAGUAUUGGAUCCCAAUGCCAUGAUUCCGCCCAGCAAGUUCAAUUUCCGGGACGUUCGAAUGAAUGCUGCAUCAGCAUCAUCUCCAGGGGCUGGCCCGUCGGCUCCUCCACAAGCAAGGCGACCGUCGUUCCCCACCAAUAAUUCUCCGAAACGGAUUCCGCGGCCUCUGGGGGCGGAGUCUUCGAUCAUUCCCGGGGAAACGGAAGAAGAUGGGAAGCUCCGGCGGGAAUAUGUCAUGGUGGGCGAUACUCGAGCUGUCGAAUUCAAUCGUGUGGUCGAUGAGCUGAAAAUCGUUCCCCGCAAACCUCUCCAAGACGUGCGGAUUCCUCCGACGCCAUCUGCUGAGGAAUACCCCGAGUACCCGACAUCCUUCCCCCCGGCGCCGAUUCCAGGGGCGCCGAUUAGCAUGCCGACGCCUUUGUCGUCCUCGCCUUCCAGCAUGGCUUCGCGUGCAGCAGCCCACGCACUGAAUCGGGCCCUCAGCAUGGCAUCAAAGAAGUUGUUCGGAACGCCCACUACAGUUCAUCGCCGGUCCAUGUCGCUGAAAGACAACAGUGCACCGCCAUCACCACGGCGCAACAUCAUCGCGCUUGACAGCGAAGGGCAGCGGGACCCACUUGAGGAUGACCUGCUGGGAUCGCUCGAGCAGGUGGCGCAGAAGACGUUCGUGCUCACCAACUGGGCUGACGAGAUGUAUGAAUACGUCAAGGCCAUCCCACAGAAACCACUACCGGAUCCCACAAAAUUCGCGCAGAAGGACGGCGAAGGGGACAAGCAUGCCCGGAAACGCAGACACGCAGACAUGGAAGCAGAGUACAACGCCGUGACAUGCGUGGCUGUCUAUAUGCUGUUGAUGGAGUUUUGCCAGCGUGGAAUCAACCAGCUGAGGAAUCACCAAGAGCACAUGAAAAUGCGUCAUCCGGAGGAGGACUUCGUUGUGAGUGAAGGAUUCGACGAUGCUCUCACGUGGUUCAAGGACCAGUUCGUCAAGUGCUACGAGCGGACGACGAUGGUCAAGGCGUGGCUUCCGGCCCAGUACGAUGGACCCAAGAGCUGGAUCGACCAGCUCGUGUAUGAGCGAGCCUUGCUGCUGAGUCGCACAGCUGCGCGCAAAGAGCUUCUUGACCAGGCAACGAGCCCAGACGAAUGCGAGAAACUGUACGAAGAGAGUCUGUGGUGUCUGUACGCCCUGCAGGACGACCUGCUGCAGACCGGGAAUCCGUUUAUGGAGGAAGAUCGCACUACCAUUGACACCUGGAUCAAACGCACGAAACUGCGUCUGCUGCGAUGUCGACAUCGGAUGAAACUUACCCAUCAGGAACGGCUCAGCGAUGCUCGCGCGGACAACAACCUCGCCGACGUGCCUCGCAUUCCGGCGCCCUGGGAUGUGAAGCCUCCUACAGACGCGUCGAGUGAUGCCACUGAAUAAAGAGAAUCUGCGUCUUCGCCCUAGACGGCCGUGUCUGACUCUAUCUAUCAUCUAUGGAUCAUCCAUCAUCUCUCAUCCGCAUUUGUAUUCUUCGAGUGGUUGCAUAGCUAGCUGUACCAGUACCCAUAAAUAUUACCUGUAUUUGUCGUAAUCUGAUUUCUGGCCGCAGUCUGGGAACCUUUUCCGUUCCAUGCGUUGCUCAAGGUUUAAGCCUGGA